AUCACUUUUUUUGCUCAAUUUGUUAGUUAUGAUAUUAGCAACUCAAGAAACUAUGCUCCAUCAAGUCAUCAAUUGUAUAUACCAUCUGAUGAUGCAACAUAUAAUUCAAUAACAUCAUUACCAGGUCAAUUAAGUAAUUUGAAGUCACUUCCUUUUAAUCGAUCAGAUUUUCUUCCUACACAAACACCCAAGCGUACUGGUUACAAUAUGGCAACUCCUUUUCUGGACUUGAGUCCUAUUUAUGGUAUCACUGCUGAAGAUGCAAAAAAUCUUCGUGAGGGUAAUAGAGGAAAAUUAAAGACCAGUGGAAAUGCAUAUGAUCCUUACCCAUUUAAGAAUCCAACAACAGGAAAUUAUGUUACUGGACCUGUUGGAAAGCGAGCAAUUAAUGUUUUUACAAUGGCUAUUAUGACUAUUUGGUUACGUGAACAUAAUAGAUUAUGUGAUGAGUUUUAUGAAAAAAAUGGUGAUGCAUGGACUGAUGAUCAAUAUUUUGAAGAGGCUAGGAAAUGGAAUAUUGCAUUUUAUCAAAGAGUUGUUACUGAAGAAUAUCUUGGUGUUGUACUGGGUAAACCAUUAUCACCAUAUCAAAAAUAUGAUCCAGAUCUAACUCCAGGAAUUGAUGUUUUUUUUUCAACAAUAACAUUCAGAUAUGGUCAUA